GCUCCGGGCAACAGCAGCGACGGUGGACAGAGCGGUACCGCACCGAGCCACCAACCACCAAAUCCCUUCCCCCUCUCUAGCCGCGUUUUGUUGUUUUCUUGAUUAAAAAGUUGCAAACAUUUAACAUCAUUAAAAAAAAAAUCCUUCAUACAUCAAAACAGAAGCGGGAGUUGUUGAUUGUGUCAGGAUUGCAGCUUCAAUUUGAACGGGAUUUUGAGUGAAGUGUCUUGGAUUUAAUCCCAAAAUAUUUGGAGGUCAUUCACCAUGAAGUGUUCAAAGUUGGGAUGGAUAAGGCUGACUGCUUUGCUAUUCGUUGCACAAACAGUUGCGAUGAUGAGCCCCAAUGUUACUUCCGAAUUGGAUGUAAUGUUGGCAACGUUUAAGGAAGACCGUGAAGAAUUCUUGGCAACUGAAACAGUCACUCAAAUGAGCAACAAUUUUACCAAUGGUUUGGAUUCAAUCUUGAGAAAAUACAUGGAUCAAAAUGAACAACAGGAAACAUCCAGAAGGGUGAAAAGAUCUAUCACAGAUAUUGAUAGACAAGUAAUCUUGGAUCUUCAUAAUAAACUGAGAGGUCAGGUAUCACCAAGUGCCUCUAAUAUGGAAUAUAUGACAUGGGAUAUUGAAUUGGAAAGGUCUUCGGAAGCUUGGGCUGCAGAUUGCCGAUGGGAACACGGACCUGCUUACCUGCUACCUUCUAUAGGGCAGAAUCUGGGUGCACAUUGGGGCAGAUAUCGGCCUCCUACCUUUCAUGUUCAAGCAUGGUAUGAUGAAGUUAGAGAUUAUAUGUAUCCUUAUCCUCAAGAAUGCAACCCUUGGUGUCCCUUUAGAUGUGUUGGUCCAGUAUGCACCCAUUAUACUCAGGUAGUAUGGGCAACAAGUAACAAAAUUGGCUGCGCCAUUAAUUUAUGCACAAACAUGAAUAUCUGGGGCCAGGUGUGGCAAAAAGCCAUUUACUUGGUUUGCAACUAUUCUCCUAAGGGGAACUGGUGGGGCCAUGCUCCUUAUAAACGUGGAUCUCCCUGUUCUGCCUGUCCUCCUAGCUACGGGGGAGGCUGUAGAAAUAAUUUGUGUUACAAAGCAGAUGGCACAGAUCACCAUUAUUCCCCUUCCGAACCAGAGGAGGAAACCAAUGAGGUUGAGCAGCAGAGAACAGGAACUCAAGAAACACACUCAAAAGCUCGAACACAAACAGAUUCUUCAAGGACAGAACAUCUUGACUUGAAUGAGGUUGUAAACACCCAACAAAUGUCUCAGCUGGUGUCUUGUGAAACCAAACUGCGUGACCAAUGCAAGGGAACAACUUGCAAUAGAUAUGAAUGCCCAGCUGGUUGCUUGUACAGUCAAGGAAAAGUAAUUGGAACACUGCAUUAUGAAAUGCAAUCGAGUAUUUGUAGAGCAGCAAUGCAUUAUGGAGUGCUGGACAAUGAAGGUGGCUGGGUUGAUGUUACCAGACAAGGAAAGAAACCUUUCUUUAUAAAAGCCAAUAGAAAUGGGGUUCAAUCAAUUGGUAAAUAUAAAGCUGCCAAUUCAUUCACCGUCUCUAAAGUAACAGUCCAAUCUGCUAACUGCCAGACAAGAGGACAUCAAAUAUGCACAUUCAAAAAGCCAACUUCACAUUGUCCAAGGAUAUAUUGUCCACAAAAUUGUAUGCAGGAAAAUCCACAUUUGGCUCGGGUAAUUGGAACCCGUUUCUAUUCCGAUAGAUCCAGUAUUUGCAGAGCAGCUGUACACGCCGGGGUCAUUCAUAAUCAUGAAGGAGGUUAUAUUGACAUGAUGCCAGUUGACAAAAAGAAACAUUAUUUUGGCUCAUACCAGAACGGAAUAUUCUCUGAAAGCCUUAAAAAUCCACCUGGAGCUAAAGCAUUCAGAAUAUUUGCAGUCAUUUGAUUCCAGUGAGAAAAUAAUCCAGAAAAGUUAGUAAAAGACUUGGAAGAAGCAAAGUGUUUCAACUAUUUGCUGUGCUUUUUGCUGAGUUGUGAUAUUGGCAGAAACAGUGUAAUCCAUUGCAAACCAAACAGUUCUGUACUAUAUAUUGAAAAAAUGUAUUGCUGAACAUCAGAAACACAGAAUCGAGGUACCUAAUAAGCUAAUAAUAAACUUAUUAAGUUUGUGCCCCAUUUUUAGUUAUAACUAAUAAAUCUAUACUUCUAUAAUUACUGUUAUCUAACAGAAUGCUGCUAACUCAAUGACACAACAAAAAAAAAAUACAAAAUUCAAAUUGAAAAGCAAGAUUAGAUAGGACUAACCUAAUGCUUUAUAAACCUGGCAGUUACUCCUGCAGGCCAGGAAGUAAGUCAAUUCUAAUAAUGUAUUACUAGUAGAAAUGAAAAGUUUGUAGAGACAAUGGGGGAAAAAUUGAAAUUUAUCGUACCCAUUUUUGGAAGUGAGAAGAGUAUCGGGGGAGACAAGCUUUGUAGCACCAUCUCUUGUACCCAGUCAUUACCAGAAGUGUGCCAGGUCCCAAACUGAAAGCUGGCAACUUCCAAAUGUCCAGGGUGAGCACCUGAAACAGGUAUUAGGCAUCUUGAGUAAGCAAAUUGGGGUGCCAAAACCUGUUUUAGAACCUCAUACCAAUUUUUGUGAUCAACUGAGCAGAACUUGACCCUCGCAUAUUCUGCCCAGCUGAUCUGGGUCUUCAGCGACCUAACUAGUGGUCGUGGAAAAGACCAUUGGAGACCCACCACAAAUAAGGUAGGUGAACCUUUUAAUAAAUUCAUAUCUGUGGAACCUGGUAGAAAAUGAGUACUCCUGUGUCUGUAAAAGUACCACGAGCUGUUGCCAGCACAGGUAUGCCCCCAUCCUCUGCUUCUGGUUUGCUCCCCUUUCCUCUCAAGAACUACCUGGAGGUUGGCUUGAUGUCAGAACUGGCUGAAUUUCUUGAAGCCUCAACCUGUGAGCUGAAUUGGACAAACAGUUGGCAUCUGCAGAUAAAGCCUGAUGCCGAAUUUCCAGUGGGCUCAGACAUUUUCUUCAGAUGCAUGUUCAUUUUGUGACACUCAUUUCACACCAGUUUUCGGCACUACUCCAAUUUCUUGGUCAAUAUGGUAAUAUACUUCACACCUGCAUUUGUAAAGUCAUUAAAUAAAAUUCUAGGCAAAGUUAGCAUAGUUUAUGCACAGGUGGGCCAUAUAAUUUAGAUUAUAAAGCACUAUUUUGGAAAAUAAGCUAGCACAUUUAUAUUCCAUUAUUUGAUAUGUGAAACAUGGUAUAAAGGUGCUGGUUGUUUCUAUAAAAAAACUAUAUUGCUUACAGACCACAAAUCUGUUGAAAAUUAUUUAUGUUAUUUUGUUAUCAUGGUUAAAUUGCCUUUUGUACUCAUAACUUCUAAACCUUUUAUGAUAUCUGUCUUUCAAACAGUGCUGUCUGCCAUUAUGUAUCUUUACUACCUCAGAUACUGUCCUUGGUUGUAGUAUAUGUGCUUGCACAGAUUUUUUUUCAAUUCAGAAAAUGCGUUCUAUCAAAUAUUUUGAAUUAAAGAUCCUAAACAGUAAAUGUUGCACCAUUA